AUGUCCUACGCUCUGGAAUCAAAGAAGCGAAAGUUCCACCGUGUCCUCGAGUCAAUAUCCAAACCUCUUACUACCGACAACGCGCCCAAACCAGCCCCUGCGACACCGACGACGGCGCAAGACCGUAUCUCCGCCAACUUAUCGAUCAAGAAAGUACGCCUGGCUAGUGCCGACCGGUCAGAGCUCACAGCAGUUCGCAACUCAAUCCAAAAGAUCUCCCGACCUGCACACCGAAUUGCGUCCGCAAAUUCGAAUAAGCGCCCAACCUUUGUCCCUUGGGACCGCGAACGUUUUCUCGAGCGAUUAGAGACCUUCCGCCGCGUCGACCGAUGGACGUCAAAGCCAACUCCGAUCAAUGAAGUAAAAUGGGCGAAGCAUGGUUGGAUAUGUACAGAUGUUAUGCGAGUCACCUGCGUGAGUGAUUGCGGUGGCGCAGUUGUUGUGAAGCUCCCCGAUGAAAUCGAUGAGCUUGAUGGCUUCAACAUUGAGAAGGUGGAGGAGCGGAAGGAAGUCCGCGCGAGGCUGGUGGAUGAGUAUGCGAAAAUGAUAAGCAGUGCUCAUGGUGAAACCUGUCCCUGGCGAAACAAGAGCUGUGAUGCAACCAUUCAACAUCUCCCUCUGACCAAUUGUGAUGCUGCCCUAUCGGGACUUCACGAGCGAUAUACAAAAAUCUCGAAGAUGGGCGAUAAAUUACCAGCUGAGGAUAUCGUUCAGACUCCAGAAGGGCUUGACCUUGAUGUUCUUAUCAAAGGACUUCCCGAAGAAUGGUUCGAGGAGGCCGAGAAAGCUGAUGUAUCCACCAGGGCAGAGACUCAGCCUACAAACGUUGACAACCAAGUCACAAUACCACAAUCAGUGAAUCGAACUGCACUGGCGCUAGCAUUGCUCGGCUGGGAUACUGCCUCCGAUGGAGCUGCCGGGUUAGUCGGAUGCGGUGCAUGUUUCCGUCGCCUCGGGUUAUGGAUGUAUAAACCCAAGGACAAUGGAGAUGUAACUGUCUACACUUCCCUCAAUGUGGCCGAGGAGCACAUGGAGUACUGUCCAUGGAUUGACAAGGUAGCCCAAAGUGGCACUGGACGGCCCAACGAGAAUUUGGCGGACCUACGUGCUGGGUGGCAGAUGGUCGCGGAGGCCGUGAAGGUCAAGCACCGCCGCAGACUUCGUACUAUGGGCUCCACAGAUACAUUGCGGACGGAUCUAGGCACACCAACCGAGACUACAGGUGAAGAAGAAAAUGCGGAUGCGAAAAAGAAAGCAGAACGCGAGUGGUGGGCGAAAAUCCGACGAGUGAGACAAGUUUUGACGACCAAGUCGCCAAAACGGAAAGCUGUCUUGCCUGAAUGA